AUGUCUACCCUGCUUGAAUAUCUUUCAGUCGUUGACCCCAGUUUGGAUCGAACCAAUGCCAAAAAAGGGACUAAUUCGUUUAAUAGAGACUGGGAAGAUUUGGAGGGCGUUGAGGAAUGGAUGGAUUUUACCUAUGAAAACUUGAUUGCUAUGCUAGGCAAUGUCCUCACUCAGCCAUACCAGCAACAUGAGUUUGACUCCCCCGCACCAGUUCGACGCUCCGCUUGUUGUAUUGUCAAUGAGCCAACUGUUACUGCUGUCCUCUUGAAAUGGAAUCAUACCAUUGUCGACUGCGCUCUGGAGCUAGCAUCCAAGGCAUCAAGUACCAUCCCGGCGAUAUCUUGGACCUUAGGCAAUCACUCUAGCCUUCGUGGCGAGACAGUUUUGCCGGACUGGGCUGGGGUUUAUUCUAACAUGGGUUUUCCCCCCAGCAAUCGGGUUCCGGGUGAUACCAAAGUGUCUGGGAAGUGGAACACAGAUCAGCAACACGAUCACUCAAAACAAGAGGAAUUCUAUAAACCACUCCGUCAAGUGGUUCACUAUGCGAGGCUGUUCAACACCAGAUACGCUUAUAUCAUAUCGGACAAAGAAUUAUCAGCCUCCUGCCACUCCAAUCAGACAAUUCAAUCGGCUUUCACAAGAACCCACAACACCUUCACCUAG